ACCAAUCACCCCUCCAACAAUCCGUCCCCCAGUGUACUCACCGUCACCAUGUUUAGAUUAAUCUCCGUUCGUGCCUGUAGGGCACUCUCCACUGUUGCUGCUACUGCUCGUGUUUCCGCUCCCAUUGUCGCUCGGCCAAUUCUGGGACCGCGGUUUGUUCGUCCAUCUAUGGUUGACAGGGCCGUCGUCGGUGCGCGAUACUACUCCGCCCCCGCCUCUUUGUCGAAGCAAGAAAUCGAGUCUAGAAUUAUAGACUUAUUGAAGGGUUUUGAUAAGGUCACCGAUCAGACCAAGCUUUCUGGCACUUCAAACUUUGCCAAUGAUUUGGGAUUAGACAGUCUCGAUACUGUCGAGGUCGUAAUGGCUAUUGAGGAGGAAUUCAGUAUUGAGAUUCCCGAUAAGGCUGCAGAUGCAAUCCUGAGUGUUGACCAGGCCGUGGACUACAUCCUCGCUCAGCCUGACGCUCACUAAAAUACAUGCAAUGGCUCGUUUUGGCGGUAGAAAAAAACAGUCUCAUCGAUUCUUUCAUGUUCCAUCUUCUCUGUAUAUGCCUCGUUGCGCGGGAUAGUGGGUGCUGUUGGGUGUUUAGAGGAAAUGCGAUUUCCAGCGUUCAAUUAAGAAAACUCCCCUUGUUCAGGUGCAGCCCAUUGGCCAUUGCCAAUUCAGACGAACAUUGUCGCCAAAACAUUUCUCGACCUCUACCCCGACCAUUGUUCCUCCGGGAUACCGGCACGGCUUGAGUUCAGUACUCGAGCACCUUUCCUUGAGAUAUGUUGUCUUGGAACGCGGGUUAAAGUGUCAUGCGACCGUGUAGCCCUAAUCAUGAAUAGCGAUGCACUUAUCACUGG